AUGAGCGAAAAAUGGAGAAUUGGUCAGCUUGGAUUUGGGCUAUUUCUCGUUUCAUCAGCCAUCAAUUCACAAGGAUAUAUUGAGAUCGCUGUCCUUCGAACGAUCGCUGAUGAGGGAGAAACGGGGAUCUCUGGGAAUUCCGGGUAUUACAGUCUCGCGAUCAACAACUUCUCAUCAGCUCUCAUCACCCUCAUCUUGCCAUUCUUUAUCAAAAAACUCAAAGCGAAAUGGUGUAUGUCAUUGGGUGCUUUCUGCCAAUCAAUUUAUCUUUUCGGUUUUCUCAAAUUAUCUCCAUUCAGUCUCUAUUUUCUAUCAUCUCUUCUGGGAAUUGGAGGAGCUUUUCUCUGGACUUCAAAUGGGAAUUUCCUGGUGUUAAACUCGAGUGAAGAGAAUCUUUCUCGUAACUCGUGCCUAAUGUGGUCUUUAUAUCAAGGAUCUCAACUCUCAUGUGCUCUUUUUCUCUUCAUUCUUCUACUCAAUAAAGAUCUCAUCUCAUCUUAUCGACUCGCUUAUUCAAUAUUUGGAUCAAUUUGUUUAUUUGGUGCCAUCACUUUUGCAUUUCUACCCGAGAAUCGAAUUCUAUUAAGAAAUGAGCAAGAAGUUGAAGAAAACAAUGCAAUAAAAAUCACAUUUUCUCUGCUGAAAACAAAGAAAAUGAGAUAUUUACUUGUCAUUUUCCUCUUCAUCGGUAUCGAGACAUCAUUCUUAUCUUCAAUCUACACAUCUUGUUUAUUAGCGACAACAAAGCUCAACGAUGGAAAAGAGAUCUCGAUCGCUUACAGUGUUUUCUUCAUUGGAAUUGGAGAGAUUUUCGGCGGUCUUCUGUUUGGUAUUGAUCUCAAAAUACUCAAAAAUUUCGGCAAAAAGCAUGUGAUUUCCGUAGGAAGCUUGUCGAUUCUCUUUGCUUAUCUCUUUACUUUCAUCAAUUUGCCAAACGAUUCACCGAUUCACAAAACGAAUUCCACUGGCCUCAUUGAGCCAAGAUUCGAUCUUGCCUUAUUCACCUCAUUUCUGAUUGGUUUUGGUGAUUCGUGUUGGCAAACUCAGGUUUUUCCAUUGAUUGGAUCAAUUUUUCAUGGAGAUUCGAUCACAUCCGCUUUUUCUCUACAACAGUUUUUCUUGACUCUUUCCUCAACUUUUCCAUUCUAUUAUGGAUCGAUUCUUCGUUUACAUUGGCAAUUGAUUAUUGGUGGAAUGAUAACGUUGAUCUCUACAUUGAUUUUUAACGAAGCCGGUUGGCUUGACACCGGUCAUGGCUACUCUGUACCAGUGAUCGUCAAGAUUUUAGAUCCGCUCACCGUUUCCUCAGUUGUAUCGGGACAAAAAAUGAUCGUCGAAGAGCCAUCCCGUCUAUCAUUGAGAAAAGAAUCGAAUAUUCAUGUGCAAGAUAUCUUAGAAUUAAGUGAAUCGUCAGAAUCUCACGUUCUUUACGCACUUCAGGAGCGAUUUCGGAAUCGUCGAAUUUAUACUUCUCUUGGAAAUGAUCUCGUUUUCAUCAAUCCAAAUGAACAUCUUCCAAUCUACGAUCAUUCCGUUAUUAAUCAAAUCUUUAAAAAUAAAAAUGAUAAAGGUCAUAUUUUUGCUACAGUUCGCGAUAUAAUUGCGAGAAUUCGAGAGGGAUCAAUCGAUGAAACUAUCAUUUUUCGGGGUGAAACUGGAUCAGGCAAAUCGUUCAAUAGCUUUCAAGCGAUGCGUGCUGCUGUCAAGAAUGCGCCAUCGAAGAGCGGAAAGAUUACGGAAGAUCAUGUGGAAGCUUUACAUCAAAUUUUUCACUCGUUCGCAACCGCUCGCACCUCGAAAAACCCAAUUUCAACUCGUUUUGGCUACUCGAUCGAUUUCAAUUUCAAAGAUAAUAAUAUUGAAGGGUUUUCUGUGAAAAUAGUCUCCCCUUUGGAAGUCUCUCGAAUUGUUUCGCUUCGAUCAAAUGAGAGAAAUUUUAAUGUUUUUUAUGAAUUACUCUCGGGACUCCCGGAGAAUUUGAGGGAACAAUUUGGCUUCAGGGAUCAGCAAAAGUUUUUCUAUUUAACAAAGGGAAUUGGAGAAUCGAUUGAUUCGAGUGAUGGAUCGAAUUUUGUGAAACUCGAGAAAUCUCUUGAAACUCUUGGAUUUUCAGAAGAUCAACGGACAUUCAUUUAUCGAUUACUUGCAUCAAUCCUUCAUUUAGGAAAUAUCUAUUUUCGUCAAAGAAAGUUACCUGAUGGUGGAGAUGGUGUUGAAUUUGGAUCAGAACGAGAAAUCUCGCUUACUUCUCGUUUACUUGAAGUGAACGAACAAAAAUGGGGAUCACAUUUUGUGAAUCGUUUCUUGAAAACAGAGAAUGGAAUCCAAUCGAUGAGUCUGAAUAUUGAGCAGGCAUUGGAUACAAGAGAUUCGAUUGCUCAACUCUUAUACGAGGAGUUGUUUGCCUGGAUUUUGGGAAGAAUUUCUCAAAAUUAUAAAUGUUUAAAUGCUCAGGGAAUUCUUCGAUUCAUCGAUAUGUAUGGAUUUGAGAGAUAUGCUUCAAAUGGUCUUCAUCAAUUAUUUAUAAAUACAUUUUCUGAGAUUGACAAUGGAAAUGUGGUGGAAAUGUUGAUGAAAAAACCGUCUGGUUUAUUGCCGUUGCUUGAUGAUGAGUGUAAAUUUCCAAAAGCCACUGAUGAAACCUAUCUUCAGCACACAAAUCUAAAUCAUUUAGAUAAAAGUAUUUAUGGGAAAAGCCGGAAUAAAGACAAAUGCGAAUUUUCUGUUCGUCAUUAUGGUGGCACCGUUUGGUAUUCGGUGAUCGAUUAUAUUCGAUCGAAUCGACGAGCUGUUCCAAUGGGAAUCCUCAAUGCUUUCGGUUUUAGUCAUAAUCAGAUCAUCCAACAAAUCUUUCGUCCACUUUGUGGCCGAGAGUUCGGCGAUUUCAUUCAAUAUUCCGGUCAACAACACGUUCGAUCAAUGCAGCUAUUGUUUGAGCAGCUUAAUAACUCAACCAUACACUUUGUGAGCUGUGUUCGAGGAAAUGCUGAACGAAUCGUGGCCAAAUUCGAUUUACCAACAGUUUCCCGGCAAUUAAGAUGUUUGGCUGUCCUAGACACUACUCGUUUCCGUGUUUCGAAUUUCCCGAUUCGUUUUGAAUAUUCCAAUUUUGCGCGUCGUUUUCGUUGCCUUCUCCCUGGAAUGAUCUCGAUUCAUCAGAAAAUCAAGGAAAUUAUUAAUGAUGUUUUGCUUGGACAAGGAUUUUCUUUUCAACAACACUACAAAAUUGGCUCAACUCUUGUCUUUUUGAGCGAUCGUUUGGCGAAUCGAUUGGAGAUGAAAAGAGAAGAUGUCAUUGAUGAAGCGGUCAUUGUAUUGCAAAAGACGAUUCGGGGAUUGAUUGCAAGAAGAGAAUAUAGAAAGAAGAGGAAAGCAUCGAUUAGGAUACAGGCAGCAUUUCGAGGAUGGAAGGAGAGAAAGAAAUAUUUGGAAAAGCUGGAAACAAGAAAUCGAACGCUUACUCAAGAAGCCCGAAAAAACAAACGUUUAUUGGCUUAUCAUGAAAUGAUUCAUGGAGAAAUUAUGAUGAAAAAUGAGCUUUCUCUUGGUCCAAUCGAUCAUUUGGAUUUGGGAGAAGAAGUGAUGAGAACAUUGGAGAGUGGAUUGGAAGGGAAGAAGAAAGAAACGAGGACACUUCAUCAUUACCUUUCAACACCACAACAAUUCAUUAAACCUUUGAUUUCACCGAUAACAAUUGAGGAAUUUGCGGAGAAGAAUUUCAAGGGUCAUCUACUUGAAGUCCGUCGCUCGCCAAUCACAACUCCAUUUUUGAUGAAAAUUUGUGAAGCUGAUUUUUCUCUAUCACUUUCAAUGUUUAAAUUAAUAUUGAAAUAUUCAAAUGAUCCGAAUUUAUCAACGGAAAAGUUACAUCAAUUGGCGAAAUUCAUCAUUCAAAUGGCAAUCUCAAACAUCCAUCUUCGCGACGAGCUUUUCGUUCAACUUUCCAAUCAAACGUAUCAGAAUCGAAAUCGAGAAAAUCGUGAAAGAGUUUGGAGUCUAAUGUUGUGUGCGUUGAACUCUUUUCCACCAUCGAUUAACGUGCUCGCAAUGUUGCUUGGAUAUUUCUCCACUCAAUCAGAUCCCCUGAAAAACUCGUUAAUGGAAUCGCUAUUGCGAAAACUCAAAACAACAAAUCCUACUGCAUCUCGAAACUAUGCUUCGAAUAAGCUUGAACAGCUAUCAUUCACGAGUCGACAAACAAUGGCUGUUCAAGUGGAUUUGCCUGGAAUUGGAGACUCAUUUCUUGUUGAAGCACAACCGUGGACAACAACCAAUGAAUUGGCAGCUAGAGUGUUGAAAGAAAAAGGAAUUUCUAAUAGCAAUGGUUGGACUGUGGCUAUUGAGAUUGAUGAUUCGAUUUAUGCACCGAUGUCCGGUGAUUUCUUUCAUGAUGUUAUUUGUGAAAUCGAAGGAGUGAACAGUGAUCGAUCGAUAUUUUAUAAGUAUUCAAAUAUUGGAUUAGGACAAAAUCAACAGAAAGUCUUGACAAAUGGAGAGAUGAAUCGGACAAAAAGUUCACCGGUGGAAAAACGACGAGAAAGGAUUUUGUCGGCUCAACAAAGAGAUACAAGCACUGAUGAAUCAUCGGGAUCACCGAGAAGUCAAGAAGAGAUUGGGAAAGAGAUUUACAGCUAUGCGAUGCCGUGGAAGGGCGAAAUGAAACAAAGAAGUGUUUCAGAGGAUCCUCGAGGUGUUUCAAGAGAAAGUAUGACAAGAGAUGAGCGAAGAAAUGAAUAUGAUACGAUUAGAGAUCAUCGGCCUGGAUCAAGGGCUCCUUCGCAGAAUACAUUGCGCAGAUACCAUGACUCUCAGCAAACAUUCGCUCAAAGUCAACCGAUGAUCCAACCAAUUUAUGUCCCGCAGACAACAAUGCAAUACAUGCCAAUGAUGCCUGUAAUGAUGACAACGAAUGGAAUGAAUCAACAAAUGAUACAACCAAUUUAUGGGAAUAUCACUGUGCAGAGAGAACCCUGGCAUGCAAGAGAUCUAUCGAAGGAUUCACUGAUUGAUGACAGAAGUGAUCAGAUCCAACAAACUCCAGCCUCUUCCCGUUUAACAGAAAGAGCUACAAGUUGUGAUCGUGUUCCAUCGGAAUAUUCGAAUCUCUCGGUUGCUUCGAGAAUUCGACGAAUCCCCGUUCCGAGAGAGAAUGGAGAUGUUGAUCGAUUUUUGGAUGAAGUUUUUCAACAAGUGAUUCCACCAGAUUAUGACCAGCGAAAGAUCUCGAAUGUGACUAUCGCUGCGUCGAUUAAAGGAGGAGUUAAUGGUUUAAAAGCAAAUCCACCUGAAUCAAAUGGUUAUGGAAGUAGUGAUGCGUAUGAUUAUGUUCAAAGAAAUGAUAUCAAUCAAGAGAAUAAUCAUUAUUCCGAUGGAAAUCCAAAAUAUUAUCAGAUCUAUGAAAAUGAUUUCAAAAUGAAUGGUGAUAAUGAAGAGGUUUAUGGUAUGGCUCGUGGUCGACAGAGAAAUCUCUCAAGUCGACAAAGCAAUGUCACUUUACAAGAACAGAAAAGAGAAAGACAUAAAAGUCAACCAUCUAGAAAUGUCUAUAAGCAAAAUUAUAAUCAACAACCAAUGUACGUGAUGGUUCCGAUGCAAAUGGGACAAAAUGGACAGCCGGUUAUACCACAAAUGAUGAUGUGCAUGCCAAGUGCUGUCACCUCACCACAAAUGAUUGGACAUGUACCGAGCAGCCGUUUGUCUUCGUAUGACUACGAGGAUGAAUCGGAUUCACCGAUUGGAGAUAUGGAUCCUCAACGGGGAUUUCAGCAAUUUGUACGACAAAAUCGACAAGGAGAACAAUCAAUGAGAGCACAAUUAGCCUCUCGCGAUGCUUUAAGUCCAUCAUAUGAUACAGAAAAUGGACCGAAAAAAGGUCUCUCUCGUAUUCCAACUGAAAUGUAUCGAGUCGUUCAAAAUCAGGUUUCUAACAGUGAGCACCCAAUCCCACACAAAUUACCGCUAACUGGGAUGCAAUUUACACAAGAAAGAGCGAAAAAGGAAAGAGAAGCACUCACAAAAUUGGUUGAAGCUGCGAAGCAUUUACCCCCACCAGUUGACUCUAUUCGCCUUUUUCGACCACCAAAAAGACAACAAGUGGAAGAAGUACAAGAAGAUGAGAUACCAGAAGAACCUCAAGUCGAAUGGCAACCGCCACCACCUCCACCAAAAGAAUACAUUCAUAAUGGAAGCGUUCAACGAUCGAAUCCUCGUCUUCUUCAAAAUUCAUCUGAAAUCUCUCUCCAAUCGCCACAAAUUCCCCCGAUAACUCCACCGAAUGGAAUCAAUGGCUAUCAACCUCAACGCCAAGUGCCAGUUUUCCUUCCCGAUCAACCAUUACCUAUCAGACAAAAUCCAGCAUUGACAUACGUCAAACAACCAUGGAAAUUAACGAUUAGAAAAGAGAUGUUCUAUCCGGGUGAACGUUUGGACGAUCCACAAAUGAUUUCACAAGCGAUUUUGAAAGAGAAUCGUGUUCCACCAGAAUUACUUGGACGACAAGACGAGAUUCCGAUCGGGGUGAAAGCGAGAGUUGUCGAGAGUGCAAGGAAAUGGCCGCUAUAUUUUGCGCAAAUUCAUGAAGUUGUUGAGACACGAUCCAAUGAGAAUAUCUAUCUUUUGUUGGGGCUUAGCGAGACGGGGAUUCGACUUCUCGUUCAAAAUCCGUUGAACAAAGAGAAUCCAUUGAAGAUACAAGAUCAUUUUGAAUUUGGUGACGUUUUGUCAGUGGAAAGUGGAGUAGAGAAAUUGAUUUUGAACACGAGAAAUGGAAUGAAAGUUUCUUUGAAAACACAAAAAGCUGACUUUGUUCGAGCACAAAUUGAAAGAUGCUUGAAAGGGAAAAUAAAGGAGAAAGUUUUCAAGCGAGCCGCCGCUGAUUACAUUACAAAGGAGCCGAAUUUAUUGAGCUUUGUCAAAGGUGACGUCAUUGAGAUAAUCGAAGUGGAUGAUGAUGACGAGAAGCCGGCAAGAGGAUGGUUGUAUGGAAGGAUUGGGAACAGAUAUGGGCAUCUGCCGGAAGAUUAUGUCAGCGAAUUGGAUGCAGUGAUGGACGUGACACCGAUGAGUCCAAUUGUGAGCGAAAUUGCUGAGCCUCAGCCUCAACCUCCACCGCUUCCCAUUGAUGAUAUGAGUUCUGCACGUCCAUUGAAGAUUCAAACAGCUCGCCAACAGAAAGGAUUCUUUGGACAACGAAGAGAGCAAGCGGAUGAGAGCCCGAGAUCGAUUGGAUACCCGCCAAGGGACAGUUACAGAGAAGCACCCCGUGAUCCGCGUUAUCGUUACGAUGGCCGUGAACUUCAGCCAGUCACCGGUCCUCGAGAUUUCAUCGGAGGUGCCCAAUCCGGCGGUGGCUAUUCCCGUUCCUAUCAAUCCUACCAUCAAUCUCAUCAAUCCGGUGGUGGCGGCCUCUCAUCAUCUGGUAGACGGGCUCUCACUGAUAUCAAUGACUACAAUUUCGAGGAUGCUUAUGAAAUGGGAUCCAUUGGGAAUGAUAAACACACGAUGAUGGAAUUCGCAUUGAUGUAUUAUCGAAAUGCGAAAGGUGGAGACAGUCAAGAAAGAGGAAGAAGAAAUUUUAAAGAAUGGACUUGGAGAGAUGUGGCUGAUAAAGUGAAAUGGACGGAUCGACAAAUACAACAAUCGUUGAUUAGAAUCGAGAAUUAUGAAGCGAACAAGUUAGCGAUGGAGGCAUUCGGAUGUAUUAUGCGUUAUAUGGGCGAUAUUGAAUUGAAGAAAGGGGAAACGAAAACCGAUUGUGUUUAUCGACUUUUGUUAAUUUGUCAGAAACAUGAGGCAAUGAAAGAUGAAGUUUAUUGUCAAGUGAUACGACAAACGACAAGCAAUAGGAGUAACAGACCAGAUUCUCUGACCCUCGGUUGGCGUCUUUUCAUCGUUCUAACUGCUUAUUUCACUUGUUCUGAUGGAAUGUGGCCAUAUCUUACAAAAUAUAUAAUGGAUACAGCAAAUGAUAGCAGAAGAGCAUGUCAUGGAACGGCACAAAUAUGUUUACAGAAUUUGUUAAAAACGAAGAAAUAUGGAGGAAGAAAAUUUCUGUUAUCUGGUGCUGAAUUAGAACAAAUUACGAUGUACGGUAAUAGUCUUAAACGGCAGCAAUAUUUGUUACCUGGAGGAAAUGCGAAAUUGGUGAACACGAGGAUUGUCACUGUUAUUGAAGAGGUUUUGCAAGAGUUAUGUAAUGAUUUAAACAUUCGUUCUCCUGCUGAACAACAAGAAUUCUGUUUGUGUGUGGCGGUGAAGAAUGAACCGAAUUUGAUCUUUACGGCAAAUGAUGAGUAUGUGCUGGAUAUUUGCACCGAAAUGGAACAUAAAAAUAAGAGCUUUGAUUUCCUUCUUCGAAGGGCUGUUUGGAUCUAUCCACUACGUUUAGACAACAUGAUGUACAUUGAUGUGAUGUUCAAUCAGUUACUGGGCGAUUACCUUGACGGCCUUUUCUGUUCCCAUAUGCCAUCGGGUCAAUUGAGUGCCACUUCAAUGGAUGAUGUCGCUAAAAUGGGAGCUUAUCUAUAUCUCUCAUCUCAACAAAAGGGACAAUCACAUAUCAAUCCAAAAAACGUCUAUUCUCUUGUUCCAUCAACGGUUAUCGAUCGAUCCGUUGGUCCAGAUCAAUGGGCAAGUCGAGUGCAAUAUAAAAUGUCAAAUAUUGAUUCAAUGAUUGAUCAAACGACAGCAAGAAUGCAUUUUCUACAAAUUUUGGAUAAAUGGCCAUUAUUUGGAGCGUCAACGUUUAGAGUGAUUCGAUCGAAUCGUGCUGAGACAAAAGAUGAGUUCAUUCUCUCGAUUCAACGCCGCGGUGUGCAAUUGUUGCGUCCACAUGUCAAUUCCGUGUUUGAAGAAUGGCCUUUUUCACAAGUCUUGUCUACGAAUAAAUACGAGAAAGAUCGUGAAACGAUGCUUGAUUUGAAGUUAGGCACGUUGAAAGAGCACAAGAAUAUCACUCUACAAACGAAUCAGGCUGUUGACAUCAUUCGUCUUCUUGGUCAAUAUAUUUAUGUUGAUUCGCAGAAACGCGCGAGCUCG